UGUCGUUGGAGCUAAUUCAAUUCACCACAACAUUUUUUCUCUCUUUGUCUAUUUUCACACCUUCUACCCAAAAACACAUAGAAGAAGAAAUGCUACACCGCCGCAUCACAACCGCCGCAAAUUCCGCCAUCCGCCGCUUAUCGUCGGCGGCCACAACGACGGCGGAGGCUCAAACUUCCGUAAAAUCUCAUGCUACGUCAACAAACUCUCCGUUUUCAUCUUCAUCUUCAUCAUCAUCAUCUUCACGUGGAGGCAAAGAUACGUUGGGAAGAAGACUAUUGUCACUAAUACAACCAAAACGCAGUGCAGUGAUCACUAUUCGUAAAUGGAAAGAAGAAGGUCAUUUUGUUCGAAAAUAUGAACUCAAUCGUAUUGUCCGUGAACUUCGUAGACUCAAGCGCUUCAAACACGCACUUGAGAUUUGCGAAUGGAUGAGAACCCAAGAUGAUAUCAAGUUGUUGCCUGGAGAUUAUGCUGUCCACUUGGACUUGAUUGCUAAACUCCGUGGCUUGGAUAGUGCUGUGAAGUUUUUUGAAGAUAUGCCGGAAAUGAUGAGAGCAGAACCAACUCUUUCUGCCCUGUUACACACAUAUGUACAGUGUCGUGCCUAUGAUGAAGCUGAGGCUUUGAUGGAGAAGAUGUCAGAAUGUGGUUAUGUGAAGUCCCCCCUUCCUUUUAAUCAUAUGAUGUCCAUGUACAUGGAGGUUGGAAAGUUGGAAAAGAUUCCCGAGUUGAUUAAAGAAUUGAAGAAGAAUUCAAAACCAGAUCUGGUGACUUACAAUAUUUGGUUAACUAUGUGUCAAUCUCAAAACGAUGUUGAAGCUGCAGAAAAUGUUCUCCUUGAAAUGACGAGUGCCAAAAUUGAGCCUGAUUGGAUGACAUAUAGCAUAUUGACUAGCUUGUAUACAAAGAAGGAAAUGGUUGAUAAAGCAGAGUCAAGUUUGAAGGAAAUGGAGAAAAGGAUAUCUCGCAAAAAUCGAAGUGCAUAUUCUUCUCUUAUCAGUUUAUAUACGGGUCUUGGAAAGAAAACGGGAGUCCACAAAACAUGGAAGAACAUGAAGUCAUUGUUUCACAAAUUGAAUGACGUUGAGUACCUCUGCAUGAUAGCUUCCCUCGUAAAGCUCGGGGAACUGGAAACAGCUGAGAAAUUUUACAAUGAGUGGGAGUCAGUUUCUACGACUGGCGACACCCGUGUCCCUAAUUUACUCAUCGGAGCUUACCUCAAAACAAACCAGAUGGACAAGGCUACAAAAUUCUUUGAUAGGUUCACACAAAAAGGUAUUAAACCUAGUUACACCACAUGGGAGCUUCUUACUUUUGGCUACUUGAAAUUGAAGCAGAUAGACCGAGUUCUAGACUGUUUCGAAAAAGCUGUCACCAGUGUGAGGAAAUGGGAACCCAAUUUGACGUUCAUCAAAGAGGUUUACAAGCUUUUGGAGGAGCAAGAGGACAUUAAAGGAGCUGAAAAGAUGCUAUCAGUCCUGCGCAAUGUCGGGUAUGUAACCACAGAGAUUUACAAUAUGUUGCUCCAAACUUAUGCAAAAGCCGGGAAGAUGCCACCUAUAAUUGAGGAAAGGAUGACAAAUGACGAGGUUAUGCUAGAUGAAGAGACCAAGGAACUCAUCAGACUAACUAGCACAAUGUGUGUUGCUGAUGUUUCGAGUUGUUUAGCUUGAGCUGCGAUGAAAUUUGGCUUUCGAAUAGUAAUGCUACAACAAGCAAACAAAUGCCGAAAACAUACCUAAUAACACCAUAAAAGGUCAGUGUAAAUCAUCUGGCAAAGUGUUGCAAAAGAUGUAUGCUUGAAAUGAAGCAUUUUUCAGCAAGAAGAACUGAUUGAUCAAGCAUUAUAUUGAAGGACUAAAAUUGGAUUUUUAUAUUUGGAGGACCACCCUACUCCCCAAAAUGUUGUUGAAAUAUGUUGAAGAUAGCUUACUGAAAUUUUGGUAUGUGUACCUCAUGUUGUAGUAUCUUCUGACCCUUGCCAUUAUGUUUCCUGAUUUUACUGAGAUGUCAUAUGAAUGCAAUGAUACAGUCAAUACAAGUAUUCAGCCAUCUGAUUUAAGGUGGGAAAUGCUAGACUUAUCAAAUGACAAUUUUUUGAUGAUUGGAUCUAACUUUAUUCUA